AUGGCCGAGCGAGAAGCAAUCGUCUCCCCCGAUGUGGCAAUGCCCGUCAAAGACAUCUUCCCUCACGCCGUCAAAGCAGCUGGCCUCGUCUUCGUCUCGGGCUCCAUCGGCAUGGACAAGGACGGCAGUAUCGUCCCGGGCGGAAUACAAGAGCGCACCCAUCAAGUUAUCCAAAACUUCAAGAAUGUCCUUGAAGCCGCCGGCUCUAGCUUGGACAAGAUUGUCAAGCUCAACGUCUUCAUUGCCGACAUGAACGACUUCUCCGCCAUGAAUGAGGCGUAUAAGCAGCACUUCAAGGCGCCCAAUCUGCCAUGCAGGACGUGCGUCGCUGUGAAAACGUUGCCUUUCAAUACCGAUGUCGAGAUGGAAUGUACGGCGUUGGCAUGA